UGCUGAAGCCUCCAGUCUGGAGAAUGUUACAAGAGUGUGCCAGUGAUACUGUUCAAGCCAUCUCCUCUAUGGAGAACUUGGUGAAAUCCAUCUAUUCCCCAGCAAGACGUUGUACACCAGAGAUGGGAAAAACUCCGCUGCCAGAGGCCCUGAAUUCUAAGGACACUAUGAAGCAGUUUCUUUCAGAUCGUGUUGUAAAGGCAGCAAGGUCGGUGUAUAGCAUUAUGAUCGAGAGGAACCCUGGUCUGAUCCGAGAUAGAAAGCAUCAUCUUAAAACAUACAGACAAUGUUGUUCUGGUAAAGAACUUGUCGACUGGCUGAUGAAACAGAAUGAAUGCCUGCAAUCAAGAAGCCAGGCCGUUGGCAUGUGGCAGGUCUUGGUGGAUGAAGGAAUCCUUAUUCAUGUGAAACAUGAGUUGAACUUCCAUGACAAGGACACCCAGUUUUACCGCUUCCAGGACUCUGAGUUUGGCCUGAACCACAUGACGAAUGAGAAGGACUCAGAGGAUGAGCUGCAGGAGGCUCUGUCGCUGCUGUCUCAGCUGGGUCCCGAUGCUCUGCUCACUAUGAUUCUACGCAAAUGCCCCAGUCAGAGGAGUGCUGAGGACCUGGAGGUCAUCUAUGAGGAGCUGCUCCAUGUCAAGGCUGCAGCUCAUCUCUCCACAUCUGUGCGUAAGGAGCUGGCAGCAGUGCUGGUCUUUGAAUCACAUGCCAAGGCCGGAACAGUCUUGUUCAGUCAGGGGGACAAAGGCACUUCCUGGUACAUCAUCUGGAAAGGCUCUGUAAAUGUGAUCACACAUGGGAAGGGCCUGGUAACUACGCUGCAUGAGGGUGAGGACUUUGGGCAGCUUGCUUUGCUGAAUGAUGCACCUCGUGCUGCCACCAUCAUCUUACGAGAAGACAACUGCCAUUUCCUCCGUGUUGACAAACAGGACUUUAUCCGCAUCCUCAAGGAUGUUGAAGCGAAUACAGUGCGACUUGAGGAGCAUGGGAAAACUGUGCUGGUGUUGGAGAAGAGCACGGACUGGGCCGAGCAGGGAGGAGCAGGGAACAACAGCAAGUACACAGUUAUGUCAGGAACACCUGAGAAAAUCCUGGAACAUCUAUUGGAAACAAUAAAGUUGGACUCUAAUGGAAAUGACACAAUAGAUCUCUCCGUGAGCGACUUUCUGCUCACACACAAAGUCUUCAUGCCGUCCACCCAGCUGUGUCCUGCACUACAGCACUUCUAUCAGGCUGAGCUCUCUGAAGGCUCUGAUCAGGAAAAGGCUUCCUACAUUCUCACCACCAAGCAGAAGGUAGUGAAGCUGAUUGGCCAGUGGGUGGCGCUGUAUGGCCUUCUGCUGAAAGAAGACCCUAUUGCUUUGGACGCUCUGGAGAGGUUGAAGAAGGAGGUGGCAGGGGAUUUCCGUCUGUGCAGCAUGCUGAAAGAACAAUUCAGGGAAAGGAGGAGAGCAAAAGUGUCGGAGAAUGGAUAUCAGUCACUGAGCAGGAACCAGCAAUUUGAUUGGUUUUCAAACUGUGAGGAGCCAGUGGGGAGAUUACAACCAAUCAAAGCACAAGAUAAAGUGUUGUAUGAGAUCUACAGGCCAGACAACAAACCUCUCACUCUGAUGCUCCCAGUGAAUUCAUCAGUACAGGAUGUGAUGUCAGCAAUAGUCAAACCUGGUGGAGAUCACGUCGUGGUCAAAAUGAACUCCACAGGAGAUAGAGCUCAGUUAAAGCUGGAUGCAGCUGCAGUCUACACGGCCCUGGGACUCAACGAGAGACUGUUCAUCUGCACAAGCAGCCAAGUGGAACAACUGAUGCCCAUGAAGGAGCAGCAGGGUCCAGAGCGAGGAACGACUGACAUCCUCGAACAGAUGGGCUCGAAAGAUAUCGCCAAUGAACUUACCAACUAUGACUGGGAACUGUUCACUGCCAUGCACGAGGUGGAGCUCGUCUACUACAUAUUUGGCCGUCAUAAAUUCCCAGGUGCCAUCACAGCCAACCUGGAGCGCUUUGUGCGGCGCUUCAAUGAAGUGCAGUACUGGGUGGUGACCGAGCUGUGCCUCUGUGAAGACCUGGUGAAACGAGCCAUUCUGCUCAAGAAGUUCAUAAAGAUUGCUGCAGUAUUAAAGGAGCAGAGGAAUCUCAAUUCAUUCUUCGCUGUGAUGUUUGGCUUGAGCAACAGUGCAGUGCACAGGCUUUACAAGACCUGGGAGAGAAUACCCAGCAAGACAAAAAGAAUUUACUGUGCUUACGAGAGGUUGAUGGAUCCUUCACGCAACCACAGGGCCUACAGACUGGCUGUCGCCAAACUCAGUCCUCCUUACAUCCCCUUCAUGCCUCUGCUGCUCAAAGACAUGACUUUCAUCCAUGAGGGAAAUCCAAACUAUGUAGACAAAUUGGUCAAUUUUGAGAAAAUGCGCAUGAUUGCCAAGACGGUGAAAAUUGUGCGAGAGUGCAGAAGCCAGCCUUACGUGCCAUCGUCUCCACAGAGGGGCCUGGCAGAUCGGAUGUUUCUGGAAGGGCCUGCUACUCGCAUAUCUACAUACUCGGACUACGCCCUGCCUCUGCGGAGUCCCAGCAACAUCCGACAUUACAUUCAGAACCUGAAGGUGAUCGACAACCAGCGCAAGCUAACGCAGCUAUCAAGAACAAUAGAAUGCUAGUGUGUCAACCUGCUGAUGUACAAAGACUGUGAAACUGUAGCGUUAAUCUGAUCCAGAGAACAGACUGUAGCUGGAUGAACAAAACUUCUACACUCGCUGAAAUAAGAUAGAUGUCUGGAGCCGCUGAGUGAUGUGGAUUCACUCCAAGGACGGAGAUAUAUUUGCUGUUAACUGCCUCACGUGUCCUGCAUCUGUUUGGACUGUUGGUUGUGUACAUCAUUGAGAUUAACGCUACACCUCCACAAGAUGCAAUUCACACAAGAACAGUGGAGGAAUAGUACUCACCAUUCACGAUAUGCUUGAUUUAACAGGCUAAAUAUUAUCUAUAAUGGCGUGACUGUCUCUUUUUCUGCCGUGAUCUCAGAACUAAUAAUGUAGCAGAGAGUUUAGAAGGUUCUAUCUUGUAUCUUUGGAUCUAGUUUCUUCCUGGAUUGUUGCCAUGUUUGCUUUUUACAUUCUGCAAAUGUGGUCUCACUUCUCUGGAGUGCCCUGGAGUGAAAACCUCCUGUACCACACAUUGUACAAGGGCAAAUAUGUGAACAAUGCCAUUCAAAACGCAGCUGCUUGUAUACGCAAACAUAUGGUUAAGCAACAAGUAUAUCUCCAGCUUAAUUCAAGGAGCUUGGAUGUUUAUGGAUAAGCUCCCUGCUCAGCCUCAAGGAUGGAAAUGUGCUGCAGGAUGAACCAGAGAAUCCAGCUCUGCGUCUAAGGGACACUUUUUUUUUUAAACAAAAGCCUUACAGCAGAGUGUGCCAUAGUGUAUGCUAAUCUCCUCACAGAGGCAAUGUUACAACAUGUGAAGCAAAGUAUGCCUGUCUUUGGUGUAAAACAUCAUUUAUGUGACAUUUUGCCGUCUGUGAAAGAAUCACUCCAGUGGUUCCACAAAGGGCCAUAAGAACACAUACCACAGAUCUUACAGCCAUAGUUUAUCACUUUAGGUCAGUUUUUUUUUUUUGCGCACUAGUACUUUCACAUUAAAACUAAUAUAUUGUAUCAGAUCAUUUUUGGCAAGGACGCCAUUAACUGACAUGCAUAUAAUUUCAUACAAUGUUGUUUUCUAAAUAAAUUAUUUUCUCAAUUA